AGAUUAUGAAGCUGGCAAUGACGCUACGCUGUGCAGCUGGUUGCAAUUGAUGGCAGCUCAUACCUAUACGGCCCCCCCAGAAAACAGAUCCAUUGAUCUUAAGAUGGUAAUCAACCAGGCGUGAUUCGUCCCUGCGCUCUGUCAGGACAAGCAUAAAUCGCCCGAUGUCCCUUUUUGGAAGCGUUGCACGAGCUGAAAUUAGACAAUGGAUGCUGUGAGUACGGGUAUGCUUGCUUGCCAUGAUUUUAUAGCCCCUAACGGCACCCUAAUGAAUGCUCGACAACUAAUCCCUCGGGCCCUGCAUGCUGUGGCCUGUCCACCUCAGAGCUUCCCGAUCUGGAGCAGAGCUGCAUUGAAAUAUCCUCGGGCUGCCGAAAUUUAAACUGCAGCAUCCGUCGAGAGUCUCUCUUUUUCUCUUCCUCAACCUCCAGGACUGUCUCUCAACACCCCAUCACAAUCUUUCCCGCGUCUGCUUCUCAGUGUCCGUCAAGAUGCUGUCAACCAUCUCCGUUAAAGCUCUUUCACUUCUCGCAGCGUUCGGCGUUGUGAACGCCCUGCGUCCCAACACCACAUCUAUCUGCGACUACUAUACUCCUCUCCUGCUCGGGAAAGAGAACACACCCGAAAAUCAGCAGCAGCUCAUGGCAUUGAUUACCCAUACCUUCAUUCUGGGCAACUACACGACCCCCAACGUCGGUGUCAAAGUGGACGGGAUUGCAGGCCCCAAGACUUAUGAAGGUCACGACGUAAACCUCCUGCCAUACUUCACUGGGGGCUACUACUCCACCAACGAAAAUGGAAAACCUGUCGCCAAGAACUGGCUUGAUGAUGGAGGAGCAGGAGCAUUGCUUGCCAACAAGCCGGCCAACACAACGACCUCUAAUCAGUACAAACUCCUUACCCACGUGUAUCAGUACUUUGGUGAUUUCUAUGGGUGCUCCCAGCAGGGAGGCUCUGAUUUCCCCCACUAUCAAGGCGUCGCCAGCAUGUGGGAGGUGCACAAGUUCAUGGACCCCAACAUCUGGGAAUCUGGCUAUUUCAAUGAGCAGAUUGUGCUGGCCGGCAAAUCGAUCGGAUUCGAGGAGCCAGACGUCAACUUUACACGAGACGCUCUCGACCAGACGUUCACCUACCGCUGUAUUCCUCCAGCCGCCGUGAUUCCUCCAUCAGCGGGGCCUCAGCUGCAGACCAUCUGUAGCGAUGUCUACAGCUGUCCGCUUGCCGAGAAUGCCAACUGCUCUGCCUACCCGGAUAAUGGAUUCGUCCCUUAUCCUAAGAUUGCAAACGUUACACUUCUGCAGGGGGUGCCUAAGGAGAAUGACACACUUGGUUUAAGCAGCACAUCGGCCUCUUCGGCAAGCGCAUCGGCUACCGCUAGUGGGUCAGCAGCAAGUCCCAGUACCUCUAGCACCAACGCAGCUGCUUACACUUUGGCCGCAGGGAACCCAAUGAUGGCAUUUGGAAGCAUGGUCGCCCUUUUUGGCAUGACUCUCCUCCUGUGAGUAGUGACGGCUGGAAGGACUGGUGAUUCCGCAAAUCCAGGAGAACGUGGUGGAAUGGAGACAAAGUUGAACCGAAGAUGGAGCUUAAUAUAAAUAGACAUGAAAGGAGAAAGUCCCCUGGGGAAGCAUCUACGUACCUAAUUAUGAACAUGGUUG